ACCGCGUCAGUGUGGUGAGCCAGCCACCUUGUUUACAUUCCACAACGGCAAGCUCCCGCGCCCUCUCUCGCUUCACUUCACAGCUGUUCUAACGUCGCCGUGGAAAUUUGCAGUCUCUUUUUGCUUUUAUUCACACUACUCGGUGGACGUUUAGAAUCAGUACUGAUCUGAAUUAUAUAAAGUCUUCUGUUUACCAGUGAUAACAAACAAUAGAGCGCGAUGUUUUAUUCUGAGACUCUUCUCCUGAAGAAGGGACCUCUAGCUCGUGUAUGGCUAGCUGCUAAUCUUGAGCGGAAACUGUCGAAAGCGCAAUACCUGCAAGCCAGUAUCGAAAAGUCAGUAGGCGCGAUCGUGGGUCAAGAUGUUGCGCCUAUGGCACUCAGACUGUCGGGCCAGCUUCUGCUUGGUGUUGUCAGAAUUUACGGUCGCAAGGCCAAGUAUUUACUUGACGACUGUAACGAGGCGCUUAUAAAAUUGCGAAUGACCUUCAGCAAGGGAAACGUCGAUCUCACAGCCAGCGCAACUGCAGCGAACCCCCAGCAGCUUACUCUUCCCAACACUAUCACCGAUCUCGACCUACUGAACCCUGAUCCGUCGGCGAUUCUCGGUCUCAAUGCCGCCGAUCCCUUUGCUGAGCCAUCCGGUGCGACCGCGGCCGCCUCGGGCGCGCACACGUUAGCUGCCGAGGAAAUUACACUACCCGAGCUGCAAGACUCGAUUGAAUAUGCGAGAGGGAAUAACAUUGAGGAUGAGCUGGAAAACAUGGGCGACGACGACCUUGUGCUUGACACGGGCGAGUACUUGGAGACUUCUGAGGGGCAGAACCAGUUGCCGGAGAUCAACGACGAUAAUGCGAUGGAUGAGGAUAUUCCGUUGGAUAUGAGUAUCGAAAUCGGUAGAGACAACGAAGUCAACCCUGAUCAGCUUGAGGAUUAUGCGUUGGAGCUCGGCGACGAGCCCUUACUUCCUCCCGAGGAAGAGCCCGAAAUGGCAGAUGUUGACCGGGCUCCUCGCCUCGAAGACAUGGAUAUGUCGGAGAUGGAAAUGCCCAGUAUGAGACAGGAUGAUGAUCUGCUGGUUGCUGAUGCUGAUCAGGAGCGAGCACCGACUCAGAAACGCGCACCUCGUCAACACAGGGUUAAAAUCGAUACCGCUACCGAGCUCAGAGGCGCCUACAUCAAGGACAUGCAAGAGAACCGUACUGGUAUUCUCAAGACGUAUCCUACACUUCCCUACUCUCGUGACACUGUCACCCUUAUUGAGAGCUACGAGAGCCAGGGUGUCUUUGAUUUGAUUUUCAAGCCUACGUUUAUGAACGAGGCCCUCAGCAAGAUCUUGGAGCCUGAGCUGCUACCUAACACUCCCCGCAAGAGAAAGUCGUCGAACGAUGGGGAGGAUGCCGAGGAGGAUCAAAGCCCCAAGAGAGCUCAUAUGGAGGAAAACAGAAUUGUAGUAGAGGAAGAGGAUAUGUAUGCCUACGAGGAUGUUCCGGUUAUCGACUCUCGCUUUGAUCUUCCUCAGGACGACAUUGAACUUCCUCGUGAAGACGACGGUCUAGAACUCGAUCUUGCUGACCCGUUCUCUUCCGGAGAUAUCAAUGCAGAGGGUACUGAGGCGGUUGAUGCUGCCGCUGAGGAGGAGGAAGAGAUGCCUAGCACUCAAGCCGUUAACGGUAUUUCGCGGAAUACCAAGGAGGCAGUUGCGGUCCUUGUCAGCGAGCUGUCUAACCAAGACAAGGUUGACUUCCAGUCUCUGACGGUUGACAAGCCACGAAGCAAGGCGGUCAAGCUGUUCUUUGAGACCUUGGUUUUGGCCACGAAGGACGCGAUUGAGGUUGAGCAGAAGAACCCGUACGGACUCAUCGAUAUCUCGGCGAAGGAUGCGUUGUUUGGCAACGACUGGAUUGACGCGAAUACCGAGGUCGCGCCGUCGCAGGUAGUGGCUUAGAUCACUGAAAGAUGACGGAGGAGAAAAAAGUGAUGCAGUCAUCACAAAUUCUGCUUGCUUUGGGUCAGAUGAUUGGGGUGUUUGUAUUCUAGCUGGCUGUUAUGUGCUCUUUUGUCAAGACAUCUUCUGUUAUCUGGUUAACCUCUAGACAGUCGAUGGAUUUAUGCUUGUAUUUUUAUAUCAGUUAGUGAUUGUAUUAUUAGGCUUGUUACUGGGUUGCCGUUUAUACGUUUGGUUAAUUCUGUUUUGUUUGUUUGUUCUACUUUCUUGCUGUAAGACCGGAAUAUAUAGUCAGCGAUAUUAG